UCCCUCCCUCCCUCUCCCUCGGUCGGUCUGCAUCAGCCGGCGAGAAGCUAAUAUGACAGGCGGGAGGAUACAGUAUCACACCGAGCCAUGAGAAGCUGACUUAAAAACUUCAUUUGGAAAGUAGGCGGAUGUCGUGUGCGGUCGAUAUAGGUCGGAGAAGGAUUAUGGGAAACGGGGGACGAAGAAGCGGCUGUAUUUUUUGAUGCAAUGGGAUUUGCUACUUUCGUGUGAAGAGGCGGACCUACGAGACGCUGCGAGUUCAAUAUGCUGAAGCUGUACCCGGUGUUUGUGUACUGUACGUGGAAGUACAGGGACUAUUUUCUUCCAACUCACAGGCAUACGUAAGGAUAUAUAACAUAUAUUAUUUAUAUUUUCGGGAUAUCCACGCUUUCACAGCUGCUGCCAUUAUUUUUUGGCUUGUUUUUGUUUUGGAUAGGGAAUUCCUUCAGAUAGGCUGCAUGUGCGUUGGCUGCCUGUAUUCACUACACGGUCUUUUUUGUUAUCGUAUUUAUAUUUAAUGUUAAAAAUAAGAUGGGGGGCUCGCUUGUACUAGCUCCAAGCAGCUCUGGCACAGCCUGUAAACACAUUAGAGGCUAUUAGUUUUAUCUUGAAGGGGGUCUUCUUUCAGAGUAGUUUAACUUGUCGUUGACCCACCAUGAACAAUUAUUUUAUCGGCAUUUUUCACGCUCCUGUUAGGUUUUGCGACAGCAGCUAGCCGGUAGGUUUGAAAUUACUUCACUGCGGGAUUUUUUUGUAGUAAAUUGGUGCAUUUUUUCCAAGUGACACCACAUAUUUGUACUAUAAAGACUGAUUAUUUUUUCAUUUCCCUCCUCGUGAACCUGACAUUUUUUGGGGUUUCCACCCCCUCCAUCCUGACUCCCAGUCCCACGGAUACGAAUUGCUCUAUUUCACCUUAUUUUUCCACCAUGAGUAACAUGCACAAGGUAUUGAAUAUAUUGCUACGUGGACUCGUCAUCUAUGCGGUACUGGGCUUGGAGUGCACUUACUCGAAUGAUCUAGCCAGCGACUCGUCUGAUGCUGCAAAUGUAGCCACCACAGACCCCUGUCUUAAUGUGAUGCCGCCAUGCAUGGGUGAGGCUGACCGCUUCAGUCUAGAGGCGCUGCGGCACAUUCACAAACAGCUGGACGACGACAAUGAUGGGGGAAUAGAGGUCAACGAGAGUGUGGAGUUUAUAAUAGAAGACAUGAAGCAGCAGCAGACCAACAAACACAACAACCUGCACCGUGAAGACCAGCACAUCACAGUGGAGGAGCUGUGGAAGGGCUGGAAGACCUCUGAAGUCCACAACUGGACAGUGGACCACACGGUGCAGUGGCUGAAGGAGUCGGUGGAGCUGCCGCAGUACGAGAAGAAUUUCCGAGACUUCAGGGUCACAGGAAACACUUUACCUCGAAUAGCAGCAAAUGAACCGUCAUUUAUGUCAAUGCAGCUGAAGAUACUAGAUCAGCGACAUAAACAAAAAUUAAACCUAAAGGCACUAGACGCAGUGCUUUUUGGACCUCCACUACGUCCACAGCAUAACUGGAUGAAAGACUUUGUCCUGAUGGUCUCCAUCGUCAUCGGUGUCGGGGGCUGCUGGUUUGCCUACGUGCAGAACAAGUCCAGCAAGGUGCACAUCUCUCAGAUGAUGAAGGACCUGGAGAGCCUGCAACAUGCUGAGCAGAGCCUUCUAGACCUGCAGAGCCGGCUGGAGAAGGCUCAGGAGGAGAACCGGACAGUGGCUGUAGAAAAGCAAAACCUGGAGGAAAAGAUGAGGGACGAGAUCAACGAGGCCAAAACAGAGGCUCACAGGCUCCGAGAACUGCGAGAAGGAGCUGAAUGUGAACUCAGCCGCCUUAAAUAUGCAGAGGAGGAGCUUGUGCAGGUACGAAAGGCUCUGAAGCGAGCGGAGAAGGAGAUGCAGUCAGAGCGGUCGGUGCCUGAAGCUCUUCAGAAGUGGCUCCAGCUCACACAUGAGGUGGAGGUUCAGUACUACAACAUUAAGAAACAGAGCGCGGAGUUUCAACUCUGCGUCGCCAAAGAGGAGGCGGAGAAAAUAAAAAAGAAAAGAAGUUCUGUGUUUGGAACUCUUCAUGUAGCCCACAGUUCAUCACUGGACGAGGUGGACCACAAGAUACUAGAAGCAAAAAAAGCUCUGUCAGAAGUGACGGCAUGCCUGAGGGAGCGGCUUCAUCGCUGGCAGCAGAUCGAGAAGCUUUGCAACUUUCCUGUAGUCAACAACUCGGGGUUGCCAAGCUUGACUGCAAGUCUUUAUUCAGACCACAGCUGGGUGGUCAUGCCACGGGUCUCGGUACCUCCAUACCCCAUCGCGGGGGGAGUGGAUGAUCUGGAUGAGGACACGCCUCCCAUCAUUCCCCAGUUUACAACAGCCACCUUGAUCCGGCCCCCGCUCACCCGCAACAGCAGCCUGUGCCGUUCUCGCCGGAGCCUGCUCAGCCCACAGUCUUCACUCAUGUCCCCAGACCCUGACCUGCUCUCCAUGGCCAGCUCUUCCCUCUCCUAUCGCCCCGAGGCCGACGACGAACAUGUCAUGUUCAGCUCGGAUAGGAGGGGGUAUGUAGCGGUGGCCGGAACGCCGCGGAAUGGUUUUACAGUUUGGACUCACAGGGAUUCAAUUCAGGAUGGCAGCUCUGACACUGACUCCCUCAGCUCCUCCAUGGGCCGAAAGCAGCUACACAACACGGAUGCCCCGUACCGUAAGAUUUCCCGUGAGGAGCUGCUGCUGUUAAGCCAAACCUCUGAGCCUCCCGCCUCCACACCUGCCAGCUCCACCCACACCAGCAGCAGCAGCAGCAGCAGUCUCAGGGACUCCACGCCUCCUCCUCUGCCUCCCACCCCUGCCACCACGCCUUCCGGCCCACCAUCCACCUCCCCUUCCCCAGCACUGGAGCAUCACCCGUUUGCACACAGAGGCUCUCCCGACCUCACCCGCAUAAUCCCCGAGUCCCAGAGCGCCACCUUCUCGCAGGGGAGCGCCACCUCUCCAACAGGCAAAGGCGUGUACAACGGCAUCCUGGAGAAGUCGUACAGCUUCGGCCAGCUUCCCGCCAGCAUGCUCCCCAACGUGGGGCGCUACCCGUCCCUCACCUCCCUGGACUCGGAGGGCCGGAGCUUAGGAAGGGAGCACAAGCUCCAGAGCACCUCCUCCCAGGACUCCAGCGACAAUGGAGAGAAAAUCAAGCGCUCCUCAUCCAAAAUCAAAAGCUUAUUUAAGAAGAAGAAAUAAAAACUUGCAGAGUGAGAUAAUUUGAGAGAAAUAUAAUAAGGAGAGUUGUUUUAGCCCUUAUACUAAAAAAUGGACAUCAUUGUAAGCUAAAACACUUCAUUUUCUCUCUUAAUUUUUUUUUUUUUUGUCGUCAAAGAUGGAAUGUAGCUCAGUCUUGGGUGCCUUUUAAAAAACACCUCAGACUGGUAGCCUUAUUUUUCAAUAAUGCCUUUUUAUUUAGUUCACUCAUAGCCUCACAGGGAAGCCUGCAAAAAGGUCAAGGAAAAUGUCAAUGAAAGGUCAAAGGUCAUGAUAGUUGUCAUCCAGACUGCAAAAAAACGAACACAUGACCUCCUCACUGUCUUCUGUCUGUUUUGGUUUGAAAAAAAAGCCACUAUGUGUAGGUUCUAAAGGUGCAGUCCAUAUAUUUAUUCUGAAGCACACAGAUGAAAGUCUGCUCUUCCUACUGAAGGUAUUCAAUCACAUCUUCAGUUGUGACAGCAGCAAAACAAAUACUGCUUCCUAAACUACUUCUCCCUGCUCAUAUUGUGGAUUGCAUCUCACAAAGUCAAAACUACUUGAUGAACUUCCUCUGAAACAAAAAGAAAAUCCUGCUAAAAGUUUGUUGCACUACUGCUUUCCUGGUAUUUCCGGAAAGAGCCGCUGCUGGCGGAGUACAUAUUAAAUAAAGAUAUAGAGAUGAGAGGUAUACAUGGGCAGCAGCAGUGAAGACGCAGCACAGAAAACUAGAGCCAAAAAUGAUCUGAUGAUGCAUCUUCACUGUUACUACUUAUAGAUGUCUCGAUAUAUAUAAAUAUAUAUAUAUGUAUACUUUGUUUUCACAUUAUAGAUGUUUUGAAAUAGAUUUAUAUUGGUGGGGGCUCCUAUGAACUGAUAUUUACUGAAGAAAGUUUAUUGAAUAUGCAGAUUUAACCCCACUGUACUGUCCCUUAUUACUUGAUAAUGUGUGUUAGCUGUAGCCAUAAAAACAUCCCAUUUCCUUUUUCGUCUUAAACAACCUGAGUGUUUUUUAUCACUACCACAUUAUGUUCACACUCAGUACAUUUACAUGCACAGUUACCGUAAAAUCUGGACUACAAGUUCCCUGGUACAUAACCUGAAGUCUGUUAAUUAGAAUUUCCCAAAGGAGAAAAGUCCACAACAUGCAGAUGUAUUUCCCUUUUUGUACCCUCUGUUUUCAUUGUAUGAAGCAUCCACAUCUACUAGCUACAAUACGGUAGUUAAGCUCUCGGCCUGCACAGCUCUGCCCUUCUCUGCCUGUCACUUGUUGUCUUUACUGAGAGUGUUAUCAGUCAAACAGGUGCUCCACAAGGUUAAUUUACUAAAUGGUAUACUCCCUGUUUUCUUUACAUGCUUAUUUAUGAGCUAGUGGGGGAGAAAAGUGGUUAAAAAGUGCCACAAACUGGUGGUCCGGUCUUGUUAUCUAUGAUGAGGAGUUGUGUUGAGCAUCAUGCAUUGUCUUACAGUUGCAGUUGCUAUAUAAGGAAGUGCUAAAUAAGCUGCAGUAGGUAUUCAAAGUGCAGCUCAUACACCAGAUUUUACGGUUAGUUGAGAACACACAAACAACUUUACAGUUCUGUAAAUAUAGCACAUACUCUAUGCUUUACAUUUGGUACAACUACCAUACAAGCUGCCCAUGUAGUUUAUGGUAAUAUCCAAGGGCAGACAACAGUACAACUUUUGCUAUGCUUAGCAUUUAUGCUGUUUACCAUCCAGGUCAAAGCUCAGUGUAGACACUGAAGAGUAGAGCUUAGAUUGGGCCUGAAAAAGUCCAGACAAACCCUACCUAAGCCUGUGCACAAAUGCUCUAGUACUGGCAUUUUCCAUCCUGUCCCAUUAACUUUAUCUAUAGAAUAAGCUCAGUUCAAGCCUGGCAUUUAUAUAAGUUUGCUGUUAAACUACACUCUAUGUUGACUCAAUAACAGAAAAAAUCUGUUUAGAUGAGCAUGUAUGCUAUAAUACAGCAAACAGCCUUAAAAACAUGGACCUAUUCUCUAUAUUCUAUCAAAUAAUUAAAUAUGUUCAGGAAAGAAAAUACUCUGUUGAGCAUGCGUGGAACGCUUAGCUAAGACUUAACUGACCCCAGUUACGUUACUUGGUGUGUUUGUCUGACUUUGAGACUUUAUUUUAUCUUCUCUUUUGGACUCAGUUUUUUACAUGUAUUUUGAAGGUCCAGUUGUGGUCAGACCUACACAAUAAUUUGACUCUUUUUUUUACUGCAUGUAAAUGUACUGACUGUGCAAAUUCUUCUUGUGCCAUAUUGACGCCAGAUUUAAGUGUAGAAAGUCUGAAAAAGUUGCAGGAACCUUUAUUUUUUUAGCAGCUCUCCUCUAUGCCGAUGAUGUGAUCUCUUUCAUUAUAGUUUCCAGAAUUUCGGAAAACGCUAAAGAGAAGGAGCUUUCUGAUCCAGAUCUGACUGAAGAUUCUUCACCCUCCCUUACUCCCACAUUAAGCUCGAGUGGACCCAUGCAAUACGGCCCUUGUUCCUCUUCCUCACCUUUGGGUUUGCACCGAGCGCACUGAUGUCAAGACUCCUGCUUCACACUGUGAUAUCUGCCUUCUACCCCCAUCAUUUGUCACUGCAACGCAAAAAUGUCAUGUAUGACAGAAAUCACAAAAAGAAUCCAGUAGUCUCGAUUUUUAAUAUGAAUAUAAACAUUUAAGGAGGUUGUGGCAAUACAGCACACAGUGAAGGAAAUAGAAGACAGAACUGUAAGACGAGGAGAAAAUGAAUGUUUACGAGACAUUAGGGGUUUUUUGAAGACAUUUUGUGCGUGAAUAUUUGUAUACUGUAGAAGAAUUAAUAAAAAAAAUUGAGGCAUUGGA